CUUGAUUCUUUCUGACUUCAAAUAGGGUCCCUAUAAUAACUCUAACUUCAAAUUGAUCUGAUCAGAGACCUCGCGUGAUGACUAUAUAAAGCGCUCGAUUGUCAAUCAUGUUUACGCUGACAACAGCUGAUUAUUAUGACAGAUCGGCUGAUGCUGACAUAACAAAGUGGGAGUUACUCUGUUUGGAGCAUAGCUGAGUCAAAACGAUAAUGCAUUUCCGAUGACGUUUUCUAUUUAUUUCUUAGAUAAAACUUUAUUGCGCACCGUUUUUUGAUAUGUGAGCCUUCGAAAAAUCGGUCUCUCUCGCAUUAUUUAUUCGUGUGAGACGUGAGAUAAAACAUACAUCAUAUUAAAUUAUAAACAGUGCCAAUACAUCAAUCUUGUUUUACGUGUAGAUAAGAUGCUUCUACACAACAUAUUUGUGAUUCUAUCGUUUUUCUCCACCACAUUCGGUGUGAUACAUUAUCAGCCGGAAGCUGUACAUCUUUCCUAUGGUGAUAACAUUCACGAUAUUGUUGUCACCUGGAGCACAAAGAGCAAUACUGAAGAAUCAAUAGUAGAAUAUGGCAUAGGAGGAUUUGCUUUGCGAGCUGAAGGAAAUUCUACUCUUUUCAUCGAUAGUGGUGAGAAAAAACAGAAACAAUAUAUCCACAAAGUAUGGCUAAAAAAUUUAACACCCAACAGCAAAUAUAUAUAUCAUUGCGGCAGCCGAUAUGGAUGGUCAAAUGUAUUUUAUAUGAGAACCGCGCCUGAAGAUUCUGCAGAUUGGUCACCGCAAAUAGUUAUCUUUGGUGAUAUGGGUAAUGAGAAUGCACAGAGUUUAUCACGUCUGCAGGAAGAGACAGAACGUGGUUUAUAUGAUGCUGCUAUUCAUGUUGGCGAUUUUGCUUAUGAUAUGCAUAGUGAUAAUGCCCGCGUAGGUGAUGAAUUUAUGCGACAAAUUGAAUCUGUUGCUGCUUAUAUACCAUACAUGACUGUACCUGGAAAUCACGAAGAGAAAUAUAAUUUUAGUAACUAUAGGGCCCGAUUUACUAUGCCAGGUGACUCUGAAGGCUUGUGGUAUAGCUUUAAUAUAGGUCCUGUACAUUUCGUUGCUAUAGAAACUGAAGCUUAUUAUUUCAUGAAUUAUGGCAUAAAGCAAAUGGUUAAACAAUACGAAUGGUUGGCUAAGGAUCUACAAGAAGCAAAUAAACCUGAGACAAGAGCUCGCCGACCAUGGAUAGUAACAUUUGGACAUAGACCAAUGUAUUGCAGCAAUGCAAAUGCAGAUGAUUGCACUAAUCAUCAAAGUCUGAUUAGAGUUGGAUUGCCAUUUUUAAAUUGGUUUGGACUGGAGGAUCUGUUUUUCAAAUAUAAAGUGGAUUUAGAAAUCUGGGCACACGAACACAGUUAUGAAAGAUUGUGGCCCAUGUAUAACUUUCAAGUGUAUAAUGGUAGUUAUGAAGAACCGUAUAAAAAUUACAAAGCACCUGUACAUAUAAUUACUGGUUCAGCUGGUUGCAAAGAAGGUCGAGAGAAGUUCAUUCCCGAUCGACCAGUGUGGUCCGCUUAUCGCAGUUCGGAUUAUGGAUACACAAGAAUGAAGGUGUUCAACAAAUCUCACUUGUAUCUAGAACAGGUAUCCGAUGAUAAAGAAGGUGCUGUUAUAGAUAGAGUUUGGCUUGUGAAAGAGAAUCCUUUACCACAAUAUGUAGAAGUUUCUGCUUUAGGAUAAUAUAAACGUGAUUUUAACUAGCACCAUGUGACAAAGUAGAAAACACAGACAAGAACAUGUCAAAAAAUUUCUCAAGUAAUAUUGUUAAUAAGAUUUUUCCUUCACUUUGGCUGUAUAUGUAUAAUUUUACAAUUGCAAUUCAAAUUUAGUACAUAUUUUAUAUAGGCUGGAUAAUAUUAUGAUCGAAAUGUAUACAUGAACAAUAAAAUAAUAGCGAAAUUUGCAUGUGAACAAGUAAAAAAUUAGCAAAUGCAAAAAAACAUACAAUAUAAUCUUUUAAUUGUUAAAAUAUUAUAUAUAUAUGUGUGUGUGUAUACACACGCAUAUAUAUAUAUAUAUAUAUAUAUAUAUAUAUAUAUAUAUAUAUAAAGAGAGAUAGUAUAUAAUAUAAUAUUAAUAAUAUAUAGUAUUAGUGUAUAAGAUUUCAUAUCCAUCUAGCUCUCAUAAUUAAUUGCUAGUUAAUGAUACGUAAAUAACAAAUAGCCUUGACUGUUUAUCAGAAAAUCUUUUCGAUUUAAAAUUCGUUAUAAUUAGACAUGUGUGAGUUUCUCGAAAUUUCAUAUUACAUAUUUUGCAACUUUAUUAUUUCGGAUAGAAACUAUUCGAACCAUUAUGUUCGGAUUGCUCUUACUUAUAUAAUUAUAUGACAAACAUAUUUUCAAGCUAAAUAAAUUUUUAAACCUGUAGCUUUUAUAUAUAAUAUUCUAUGCAUUCAUAAAUUUUCAAAAAAUGUAAAAGUUAAUCUACAAUCUAAAUGAUAUAGAUUAAAUUCUGAUAGGUAAAAAUAGGAUAAUGGUACACAUAAUUAUGUGAUUAUUCUAUAUUUUCAUAUUUGCAUUUAAAUGUAAUACAUUAUUUGCACUAGGAAAUAAUCGUUCACUAGGCACUUUGAUCACAAUUAUGCACAAUUUAUUUUGUGCCAACACCAUUGAAGUCUAGCAACGAUUUCAGUUUUAUGAGUAAAGAAGAGAAAGAUUCAUAUUUUGUCACUGUUUUUUAAAGAAAUUUUUAUAUAAUUAUAUUUUUAAAAACAAUCUUUUGAGAUUAUGUCAAAAAAAAAAAAAAAUAAUAAAUAAAGGAAAACCGCAUUUUUUUU